AUGGAUAUGCUUCGUCUUCAACCUUCAACUGAUUCAUCAUCAAAUGAUAUGAUGGAUAAAGCUAAACGUGUAUGGAAUAUGCUAGAUGAAUUACAAUCAAGUGAUCCAACAGCUUACAAACAAUUUAUUGAGAAAACUCUAAACGAAGGAAAAGAAUGGAUGGCACCACCAACACCAUGUCUAGCAGUUCAAUCUACAUUACAUAGUAAUCCAAAUAUUAAAGUAUUUUAUUUAAAUAUUUUUACUUGGCUUCGUUUACCAUCUCCAACAAAAAAUGAUGAAUUAACAAAAAUGUAUUCACUUACACCAACCGAAAUAACUCAUAAUAAUGAAUCUUGUAUCCUUGUGAAUAUUGCUGUACAUCCAAAUGUUAUGAAAAUCAUUGGACGUACUCAAUUAAUUCGAUCAACAUUUGAUUUAGUAGUUUCUCAAUAUAAUCUAUUAGUUGAUUAUAAUCAUUAUAAAUUUCUUGAUGAAAAAGCAAUUGGUAAUAUUGAAGAAAUUCAACAAAAUUUUCUUCAGCCAAUAUUAAAAAAUAAGAAUAAUGAUGAAAAUCUUGAAGAUUUAAUUAAUAAUGAUUUUAGUCCAUCAUUAAUCAAUCAACUUUCAUCAAUGACUAUGACUGAACAAUCAUCGUCAUCUAAUAAACAACAGCAACAAAAGAAGAAGAAUAUAAAAGCACCAGUUUUAAUUGAAGAAUUAUGGACUAUUCCAACAUAUACGGAGGAAAUAUCUAAUAAUAAUAAUUUUUUAAUUAUUCGUGUUUCAUUACCAGAAUGUGAGAGUGUAGCUGAUUGUGAUGUUACAGUAUUGCCUUGGGAAGAUACAGUACAAGUUGAAUGUUCAAAAAUUCAUAUGCGUCUUAAACUAGACAUGAAAAAACGAAAGAAACCGAAUAUACCACAUUGUAAUAGUGUGUUUGAUAUUCAACGUUUAACUGCUAAAUUUGUGCGUAAAACGCAACAACUUAUACUUACUAUUCCAAUUAUUGUGGAACCAAAUACGAACGAAUAA